AUGGAUGUCGAUACAAAGAUGACCGAUGCCUCCGAUGUGGAUGUGGUGUCGCGACUUCUGGAGCUGCCCGGUGAACUGCGCAACCACAUCUACAGCAUAAUCGUCGCAGCAGAAGAAGCUCGAGGAGUCAAGCUGCACCGCAAGCGCCGCGGCCGCUCUCAACACUCGAAACAUGCUCUGAGAGACCGUCACCCUAGUCGCCAAUUCCUCGGCCUUGCUCAGACGAACCAACUAUUCCGCUCCGAGUUCUGGCCGCUUUACACGAAAGCCCACCGCCCUAUCAUUAACAUCGAAGAGCUUGCCGAGUACCUUGAGGUUGUUCCGCACUCUGACGAAUAUAUCAAUAGCUCUAUCAUUACUACUCUGGAAGCCGUGCGCCUCCUCAAGACACCCAAAGCCGUUGAAGCUCCUGGUAUCGAUAUUCGGCCUCUUUUCCGCAUGAAGUGGAAAUCGUUCCCAUUCAUCAAGAUGACUGCGAGAAAGGGACAGACUAUCCUUGUCGAACAAUUGGAGGAUAUCUCGGAUGAUGUGUGA